CAUUUUUCGCUCAACACCGCUAUAAGAAGCCAUCACUGAACAAUUUAUAGUGGCACUUAAUGACGACUCAACAGGAUUGGAUUCAUUUUGUAAAACAAUAAUUAUUUUAUAAAUAAUAUUCUAAACCAAACCCAGUCGGAAAAUGAGCUGUUUUUACUAGGCACCAUGUAUGAUACUCCAAACAGCCUCCAAGACUGUUGCGUUGAUUUUAUUUGUGACAACAUUGGAAACUUGUGCCAGGUACAACCUGGAGUGGAAAAAAGCAACCGGAAGCUUGUAUUCAAAGACCCUGAUGUUUGUUUCCAUGGAAAAUUAUCUGAACAAAUUCUGCAGAGUUUGUGUGAAAAGGGUAAGCUAAAUGAUGAAACAUUAAGUUUAUUUGACCCAAGUGUUUCUAUCUUGAAACGAGUGUCAAUUCGCGAUGCUCAGCUCACAACAAAAGGCCUACGGAUAUUAAAGUCACAUAAAAUAUCUGAACUGGAAAUAACUGGUUUGAAAUCAGUAGCUGUAAAUGAUGUUAUUGGCUGUCUUGGAGAGUGGACACUUUCUAACUUGCGAAUGUUGAAUGUAAGUAAUAGUACUUUUAUUAGUAGCAACAAGUAUUGUGUGGUCAUAUCAUUGGCAAAACUUCAAAACUUACAAAGCCUCAAUGUUAGUAACACAGAAUUUAAUAAACAUGGACUUGAAAUAAUAGUUGAAGAGUUACCUACUCUUGAAAGUCUUGACAUAUCAGGUACACCUAUCAAUGACAUUUCUCCAUUAAGAAAAUGCAAAGAUCGGUUACGUUGCUUGUCUAUGUACAAUUUGCGGGCAUCGCAUAAUGACGAGUUAGUGUCGAUAUUAUGUGAAUUAUCCAAACUGACCCACCUCGAUGUAUCUGAUAGUGAUGCACAGACAUUUGUCAACACACAGACACGAUUUAGAAUACAAGAACUGCUUGUGCGUAAAACCUGUCUACCAAAUUUAACCUCUUUAGAUAUAUCUGGGAAAGAAGAAAUAUCUGAAGUGAUAUUAUUAGAGUUCCUUCAACAUCAUCCGAAACUGAAAUUCCUUGGCCUUUCUCUUACAGUAGCAUGCCAAUUUAGUGUGAUAGCCUCAUCAAAAUGUUUACAUGGGACUCCUAUUGUGAUAACAGGUGAAGCCAAUGAAAUGCAGAUAUUGGAAUCACUUCGAAGGUAUAUAUUGCGAGAGAAAUACAUCCAGAAAUCACUUUACACAUUGUUUAGCUUAACACAGAACUUAGAGAAGCCUCGCCAAGACAUCAUUAAGCAUGUGUUGCCUGGCAUGAAAUGUCAUCCAAAGCAGUUGGGGGUUCAAAUGGCUGCAACAGCUUGUUUGUACAAUCUCACUAAAGGUGAAGUCAGCCAAAAGAUACACCCUACAUGUUUGCGCAAAGUAGUGGAACUGACUCUCUUGUCUAUGGAAAAUUUCCCCAAACACCAGCAGUUACAAAAGAAUGCUUUGCUGACUCUUUGUAGCGAUCGAAUACUGCAAGAUGUGAGCUUUGAUCGGUUCCGCUGUGCAGAACUAGUUAUGGAUUGUUUGUGUUCUUUUGAUGAUUCUUCUAUGAACAGAAUGUCCGUAGCUAUUUGUUCCAUCUUAGCUGCUAAGAUCUCAACAGAAGAGACUUCAAGACUUGGAGGAACCCAUCACUAUAUGCAGAAGAUGCUGGAAUUGGUGCAUCAGAAAAUGGAACAUAUGGCUAUUGAUAUCACCUUGAAAUUUACAUUAAGUGCUCUUUGGAAUCUUACUGAUGAGUCUCCUGCAACCUGCAAUGUGUUCUUGAAUGAAGGAGGCCUCGAUCUAUUUAUGAGAGCUUUAGAGGUGAUCAAACCAGUUCAGCACGAUGUCAAAGUCCAGGUUGAAACAAAAAUAUUAGGUUUAUUGAAUAAUAUUGCAGAAGUAGAGAAAUUGCGAUACGCUUUAAUGCGAGAAGAUUUCAUCCUUCUUGUGAGACGUUUACUUCAGGCUGAGCAGAUUGAUGUGAGCUAUUUUGCUGCUGGUAUAUUUGCCCAUUUAGCCAGUGAUGCCAGUGAAUAUUGGAUGAGUUCUAGUCUUACUAGAGAUGAUGUCUUAAAUGAAUUGAAAGAUGUUGUCCUAAAAUGGGAGCAGCCACAAGGGGAAAUGGUUGCAUACAGAUGUUUCAAACCAUUCUUUCCUUUGUUGCAAUGUUAUGAAGCUCCUCCUGUUCAGCUUUGGGCAUGCUGGGCAAUACAGCAUGUCUGCACAAAAAAUGGAGACCGUUACUGCCCGAUGUUACACAGAGAGAAGGGUUUUGAUAUCUUGUUUGAGCUGGUCUGCAACAAGAACACAGAACCAGAAGUGUACAGACUUGCUGAGAAUGUCCUUUUAUUGAUGAAACCACACAUACAGAACUGCAGUUCUCAGUACUCAUAGGAUGGACUCACUUCCAUGGGUGGUACUUCAUUUACCACCAUGUCCCAUACUCUACUGUCUUAUGGUAACUAACACACCACCAUGUCUCCCUUCCCACACUAUAUUGUUCCAUGUCCUAGCCCACUUCUCACCCAUCUUCUUCUCCUACUCCCAAAUUUACAUAUACACAAUACUGAAAUUAGAGCAGGGAUGCACGUAUACACUCAUACACACAUUUGCUCAUUUGCAUACAUGCAGAUACACAUGAAAGCAUCACACAAGCAUACACUCAUAAACCUACAUACAGACUCAGUCAUUCAGUUAUGCAUGCACAAUGAUACAUGCACACUGGCAUACAUGCAUAUGUACUUGUACAUCAGCAAGCAUAUAUGUAUGUAUACUUAUGCAUGAAUGCACACACAAAAGAUGCAUGCAUAUAUGAACAUGAUCUUCAUAAACACAUUCAAAUAUAUGUAAGCACACAUCCAUCAACAUUUGUGCACACGAGCAGUUUUUUGCAUGCACCAACAUACACACUGGACUCAUAAACACACACACUGCACAACUAUUAAAUAUACUGCAACAAUACAACUGGUUCUAUGUUAAAACUGGUUUUAACACCUUUUUUUUUUCCUUGCCCUCAAUAUCUUUCCACUUCCCCCUUUUUUUUAAAAUAAAUUAUUUUAUGAUUAUUCUUCUCCAGUAAAGGUUUUCUUAAAUACAUUCACUGUGGAAGUUUCUGGAAUACAAUCAUUUUAAUUGGAAAAUAAAAUUUUAAAAAAUGAAAA